CUCACCUCGCGUUCACAUACCCGGGGAGGGCAGUAGAAAGGUGAUCAAUCUUCAUCAGGCUACAUUUCCAAUCACCUAAACAACCCGGCAAGACAAGCCACUCCGACAAGGUUGGCUGUCCCGCGGGUCUGUGUGAGGGCGCGAGGUAGAUGGUGAGCGGCCCCGGCAGCUGAGGGCAGCCUCCGCCGGGACGACAUUGUCCGCAGCCAGGACCCGGCAGAAGGAAGGACCCGCUCGCGUUCGCGAAGAAGGGCCUGCGGCCGUGGCGAGGCGCCCCUGACCUCCCGCCGCGUCUUAGAGCCGCCACCUCUACCGUGGCCCCUUCUGCGUCUUCUGGCCGCCUCUGCGGGCCCUGGGCCUGUAACUGCGGUUCAGGUGUGGUGGGAUUCCCGGCCGGGCCCCAAGACGCAACAGAGCUUGAAAGACUGCGCAGUGGGAGCCCCGCACUGCGCCUGGCCCAGGCCCCCUGGAUCCGUCCGGGCGCCUCCACCCGGCUGUUAGCAUGAUGUCUUACCUCAAACAACCCCCAUAUGGCAUGAACGGGCUGGGCCUGGCCGGGCCAGCCAUGGACCUCCUGCAUCCUUCCGUGGGCUACCCGGCCACCCCGCGGAAGCAGAGGCGGGAGCGCACCACCUUUACACGCUCGCAGCUGGACGUGCUCGAGGCGCUCUUCGCCAAGACUCGCUACCCUGACAUCUUCAUGCGCGAGGAGGUGGCGCUCAAGAUCAACCUGCCAGAGUCCAGAGUCCAGGUCUGGUUCAAGAACCGCCGUGCCAAAUGCCGCCAGCAGCAGCAAAGCGGGAGCGGGACCAAGAGCCGCCCAGCCAAGAAGAAGUCGUCCCCCGUGCGGGAGAGCUCGGGCUCGGAAAGCAGCGGCCAGUUCACGCCGCCCGCUGUGUCCAGCUCCGCCUCGUCCUCCAGCUCGGGCUCCAGCGCCUCCGCCAACCCAGUGGCGGCAGCGGCUGCAGGCCUGGCCGGGAACCCGGCGGUGGCAGUCCCGUCGUCGUUGAGUACGCCGGCUGCUUCAUCCAUCUGGAGUCCGGCCUCCAUCUCGCCGGGCUCAGCGCCCGCGUCGGUGUCAGUGCCCGAGCCGUUGGCCGCGCCUAGCAACGCAUCGUGCAUGCAGCGCUCGGUUGCAGGCGCCGCCUCGGCCGCAGCCUCUUACCCCAUGUCCUACAGCCAGGGCGGCAGCUACGGGCAGGGCUACCCUGCGCCCUCCUCUUCCUACUUUGGCGGCGUGGACUGCAGCUCAUAUCUAGCGCCCAUGCACUCGCAUCACCAUCCGCACCAGCUCAGCCCUAUGGCACCCUCCUCGAUGGCCGGCCACCACCACCACCACCCGCAUGCGCACCACCCGUUGAGCCAGUCCUCAGGCCACCAUCACCAUCAUCACCACCACCACCACCAGGGCUACGGCGGCUCGGGGCUCGCCUUCAACUCUGCCGACUGCUUGGAUUACAAGGAGCCUGGUGCCGCCGCUGCUUCCUCCGCUUGGAAACUCAACUUCAAUUCGCCCGACUGUCUGGACUAUAAGGACCAAGCCUCAUGGCGGUUCCAGGUCUUGUGAGGCCAGGAGUGGAAGGAAGAGGAGAAGAAACUCAACUACCUGCGCCCUCCGUGGUCCCCGUCCUGUUGCUGCUGCUGCCACCGCCCGCCUUCGCCUCGGCUUCUGCAGACCUGAAUUUUCAUGCCCCUAAAAGAUGCCCUUUGCUUGCACUGCCGCCCUCAUCUUUCUGCCACUUGUUUGGGGGAUGUGCAGACCCGCCCAACCCUUGGAUGAAGGGACCGGUGCCUCGGCUUGGCCCGCAAGUUCUAUAUGGGGAGAGCUGUGUGCUCUCCUCCUCAACCCCUAACGAACUCCUAAGCCACUCUCCUCCAGUCUUUCUGGGCAGUUAUUAUGCACUUGCAGACUUCGGAGGCUCUUUGCUCUGACUCGCUGUUUGAGCCCUACCUAUACUUUUAUUUAUUCUUUCUGGACACUGGAGUCCCUAACUGGCAUGUGUCUGCCCAUUGGAGUGUACCCACACUCCACCCCAAAUCAAAACAACCACUAAGUGUUUCUCGCUUGCAGACUACCGCUCCUUCAGAGGCCCUCGCCCCUGCUCCCCGCCUGCAGGCCAGACCUUCCCGGCGUUUUCUCCUCCCCAGCAGGGUGCGCGGGGACAAGGCCCGAGGGAGGAGCGCGCCCCUAGCCUCUCGCGCACAGCCCCGCCCGGCGUAGAACUGGCUCAAGCUUCCGCCUCGGCGGGAAUGCUGUACAUAGUCCGGUCCGUUACAGGGACCACUUAAACUUUUUAGUUGCUAUUGGUUGAACUGAACAUAUCUCGUCUUAGCGCCCAGGAAAUAGAACUUUAAGAUAUAUACAGCAUAUAUAUACAUAUAUAUACACACAUAUAUAUAAAACAAAAGCAAAAAAUAUUUUCCCUCUCCCCCUUCCUCUCUUCCUUAAACGAUGGCGCUUUUAUUUUUUCAGUUGUUGCAAAGCUGACCUGCCCUCUCACACCUUCUCCCUCUGUGUAUUUAUUAAAGAGAACCUUUUGGUUCCAGGAAGCUGGGCGCGGAGGGUCGGGAGGGUCUGAGAGUCUGGAGGAAACAGCCAAGUCAGGGUACGAGUGAGGGGGCUAGGCUGGGCGGGGACGUAGGACUGAGCCCUUCAUCAGGUCCAAGCACAGAGUCGCAGUUCCGGUUUAGAGACCAAUCACAAAAGAAAACAAAUAAAACAAAUAAAAAUGCGGCAUUAUGGAAAAACAAACAAACCCAUCCAGGCCCCAAACCCCAGUUCCAAUUCCUCUGUCGGCUUCUCUCUUUUUAAACAACCCUGUUUUGUCUAGUGAGUUUUUAGUGCACCUUCAUUCUCCGAAAUCUGCGGAGAGCCCGCGCCUGUGUAUGAAUUUUGGCUUUGGCCUUUUCGUCCAGUAGGUGGGAAAGUAAUUUGUAAAUUUGAUUUGUCCGAUGUGAAGAUCACAAAUUACUUGUUUGAAAUGUAAGGCAGUCCCCCUCCUCCCCCUUUAUCUACAUUAUUUCCCG